GAACUUGCGCCGACGAUUGUACGUUCGCUACCUGCCAGUACUCGGAGAUUUGCGCGCCCGCGCAGCGCAGUCUAGUCGGUGCUACAACACGGGCACCACCUGUCACUAAAAUGGUCAGCGUCUGGUGCUCGCGGAGGUGCGUGGUCGCCGUCGUGUUGGCGGCCCUGGUGGCCGGGGCGCUGUUGGGAGUGCUGCUCUUGCAGCCGUGGGCCGGCCGUGACCACCCGCGCUUCCCGCGCGCCGCUAUCGCUGCCAAUGGCUACGAGUGUGCUAGUAUCGGCCGGAAGGUCCUAGAGAAGAACGGGUCAGCAGUAGAUGCGGCCAUCGCGACGCUAUUCUGCGAGGGGGUCGCGUGCGCGCAAUGUAUGGGACUCGGAGGCGGGUUUCUUGCAACAAUCUACGACGCGCCGAGCGGGCGCGUGCGCGUGCUGAAUGCCCGCGAACGCGCUCCGGCCGCGACCAACGAGAAUAUGUACGCCAACGCAUCAUCCCAAGUUGGUGGUCUAGCCGUCGCCGUCCCUGGGGAACUCAGAGGAUAUGGCGCGCUGUACAAGGAAUAUGGGCGUUUACCGUGGCGAGACUUGGUACAGCCAACCGCGGAACUCUGCCGGCAAGGACAUCGAGUCAACUCGUAUAUGGCACGGGUCCUCCAGUCCUACAGCGACAGAAUUUUGGCAGAACCUUCUAUGAGAGAGGUGUACGUGAACCCAGCCACAGGGAAGGUGUGGGUCGAAGGCGAUACCAUCCACGAGCCAACGUUAGCGCGAACGCUCGACGUGAUCGCAGAGAAUGGGCCGGAGGAGAUUCACAACGGUACGCUCACAGCGGCGCUGGCGAGAGAUAUUCAGGCCUUUGGUGGCAUCGUUACAGAAGAAGACCUUCGGAACUACAAGGCAGAGUGGCAAGAGCCUAUCACCGUGCCGCUAUCAGGCGGGAGAACCCUCUACUCCACACCACUGCCAGGGUCGGGGUCCGUUCUGGCCUUCAUCCUGAACAUGCUGCGCGACUGGGUCGGCGCCGACUCCAGCGUGCCGACCGGCUCCAACUUGUACUGGCACCGCAUCGUCGAGACCUUCAAAUACGCGUACGCCAAGAGAACAGGACUCGGGGACUCUUCACGAUCGAAUCUCCCUUACAACAUCACUGAUCUGGAGCGGAACCUGUCAAGCCCCGAUUGGGCGCAAUCACAUCGGGCGCUGGUGGAUGAUGCGAAAACAUUUUCAGACUGGCGGCAUUACGGCGCCUUGUACGAAGGCGCAGAUGACCAUGGCACUGCGCACGUUAUCGUCGUAGCUCCCGAUGGCAGCGUCGUGUCUGCCACCAGCACCGUCAACUACAUUUGGGGUUCCCAACGCCGAUCUCAAAGCCUUGGCUUCAUACUGAACAAUGAGAUGGAUGACUUCGCGAUUCCGCACACGGACUCCGCUUACGGCAUGCCGCCGUCGCCAGCCAACAUGCUCGAGGCGGGUUUACAGCCACUAAGUUCCAUGGUGCCAAGCAUCGUACUAAAUGAUAAGGGAGUUGCCGAGUUGGUCGUCGGAGCUGCUGGUGGCACCAAGAUCACUACUCAAGUUGCUUUGACGGUGAUGCAUGCUAUCAUGGAGGGAGGAGAAUUACCCGAAGUGGUGAACAGACCACGGCUGCAUCAUCAGCUCAUGCCCAUGGAGAUAGAAUACGAAGCUGAUUUCAAUCCGGAAAUAAUCGCCUCUCUGCAAGCUAGGGGCCACGCGACGACGGAGCGCGGGCCUACCGCGGGUUUUGCGGCCAUGGUCGGCGCCGCACGUGACUCCAAAGGAUACCUUGUACCAGUCACUGACCGACGGCGAGUCGGCAGCAUCGAUGGCCUAUAAAACUUACAUACAUCAUCCUAUUAUAAUUUAUAAAUAAACAUCCAUCAAGUCAUUUUCAUUCGAUUAAGAAACGAACUCGCAAAGGGGUGAUUUUAAAUACCAGUUUUUUCGGCGUUACAAGAGCGUCGUUUCAUUUUUGUACAUAAUCAUGUUGGAUAUCAAAUUAAAUCUAGUUGUAAUAAAAUAGUACAAUUUAGAAUUACUUUACUUUUCACGUGUUAUUAGGCGCCUAUCUAAAUACGAUUUAUUGUGUGAUAUUUCUUAACUCCUAACUGUUGGGUUGAUUAUUUGGUGUAAAUAAAUAUUUUAAUUUUAAAGUAGAAUGUAUUUUAUUAAGUCACUGUGAUGUUGAAAGUAGCGUAGUAUUGUUUAUUAAAUAAAUGCUAAAUUACCGUC